AGUUUUCCGAUCUUUUCACUUUCACAAAGUCCGAGAGCGAUCGUUUCUUCUGUUCGACGGCGAUUCGUGAACGGACUUUCACUCCUCCGCCUUCUUCCUUCCACUUCUCUCUCUCUUUAGUAGCGUCGUCCGUCGCGCUCUCACCGCUCCAGGGGGCGUAUCGCUGAUCGUGACUCGCCGUGUUUCGCAAUGUCGUCAACUGAGGAAAACCUAGGUGAAAUUACGAAUUCAUCCCUGGAUGCGAAAGAUGACGAGCUUUCUAAGAAUGUUGGCGAUGUUGUUGUUCGUCCUGUUUCUGAAGAAGAAGAGUCACUUGAUGCAGAAAAAGACUCGGAUCCUUUGAAUACUUUGCCUAGCGAUGCUGCUCAGAUACUCCCUUUGCUAAAGAAACGCCUGCUCAACAAUGAAAUCCAAAGGGAUCCUUUGAAUACUUUGCCUAGCGAUGCUUCUCAAAUCCUCCCUUUGCUACAGAAUCUCCUGCAGGACAAUGAAAUCCAUAGGGAAAGAUUAAUGGGAUUUAUUCAACUGUAUGCUGCAGACAGAAAUGCAAUCGAUGGCGAGCAGAUAGCAACGGAGACUGAUCUAUUGUCUGAGGUUCACUUUUUGGAGCAGAGUGUGGAGAAGCUUAAAGAGGAGGUCGAGAACCAGAAACAAGCAAACGCUGAUGUAUAUAUGCGACAUGGAAAAAUAGCCACAGUUAAUACUGGUGUUGAUUUCUCUGAGACAGUCACCAGAGCUCGUAUUGAGGAGCUGAACAAUGAUUUGUUAAGGAAGACCAUGGGACCCGUGAGGAAGGCCUUGGAUGAUGCUGGUAUGCAGAAGAGCCAGAUCGAGGAGAGUGUCCUUGUUGGUGGAAGCACUAUAAUCCCAAAUGUGCAGCAGCUGUUGCAGGACAUGUUCCAAAGUCUUAAGACAAAACUGAAUGCGCAAAAAAUUUGUUAUAGAAGAAAAGCAUCAGUGCUAGUUUUGGGAAGCGGCAGAGGAUAUGCUAGAAGUAAUAAUAAUGUCAAAGAGGUUCUUCCAUGUCUGUUUUUUGCAAAGGGCCGCUGUCGAAAGGGAGCACUUUGCAGGUAUUCUCACGCCGAGGAAAGUUCUACAGAAUCUGAAGAGGAAGACGAAACGAUGAUGAAUAUCCCUAUUAUGUCUACCCUCCUCGCUAAACUGCCAGACGGUUUGAGAAGGAAGUUGAAAGAGAGUGUGUCGAAAUCUAUCUCACGUAAAAUAGCAGAGAUUUGUCUGGGUCCGAGAUAUCGUUCAAUUGAAGAGAGAGUUCCUUUGCGACUACAUGCUUCAGAAGAUUAUCUGAUUGUCUAUUAUUCGACAUCAUCAGAGUUACCAGAUGGCUUAGUAGAAGACGAAACAGGUGAAGGGAGUAGAAGAGGGGAUAGGAUUAGAGAAGCAAUUGGGGGUAUUCGAGACCAAGAUACUCACGAUAUAUGUUGGACUUAUGCACUUACUGACCUGGUGAGUGGAACACGAGUGUUACACGGUUUGGAUGAGGAGUAUAGACCUUUAUGCACUUGGUAUCUUUCUCAGUAUGUUGAUGCAAAGGAGUAUUCAGAUACUACUGAACGAGAAGGUCAUCGCUGCUUUCCCUGUAGCAUGGAAAUGGGAUUAGCCUAUAUUCAGCAACAUGGAGUUCCCAGAGAACAAGAGGGCAUGGAUAGCUUUGAUUGCAAGGAUACUCGCCUUCUGUACGAAGAAGAAGAACUUUUCAAGAUCAGUGCCAUGUAUAGAUAUAAUACAAUAGAAGAGGCAUUGGUUCGUCUUCGAACACAUCCGGUUGGAGCGACGUUGUACUGCUUUGAGGGUUGGGAUGACGCUGAGAAGAUUUACCGUGGCCCAUAUAACGAUGGCGCUAAGUUAGAGGGAGUUCACGCAGUCAUUAUGUAUGACAUCAGAUGGAUGGAUAAUGAACUCGUUAUUAUGUGUAAGGCUAGUAACGGAGAGGACUUGGGAUUCAGUGGAUGCAUCGCGGUUUCUUUUAAAGUGAUGAUGGUGAUUGCAGCCAAGAAUCCUACAGAAGAGAAUAGUAAUUUCCAUCGUUGCCAUGUCAACCCACAUCACCUUCUCUCGGACUUUUACUCCGUGGACAUGGCCUAUAGAGAAAAACGAUUUGACAAAGAGGAUCCGAAACAAAUAAAAGAGAAAGAAAAAUUUAAGGUCAACAUUGAAGACUAUGGGUGGCAGAAGCUUCCCCCUAAGAUCCAAAAACAAAAACGCCAGGAACAGCAAAGACCUAGCAAACGUCAAAAACAACAUCAGAGAGUAGCGCUCAAAUCCUCCCUUUGCUCAACAAUGAAUACUUUGCCUAGCGAUGCUGCUCAAAUCCUCCCUUUGCUCAACAAUGAAAUCCAGAGGGAAAGAUUAAUUCAACUGUAUGAUCCAGCUGCUGCUGCAGACAGAAAUGCAAUCGAUGGCGAGCAGAUAGCAACGGAGACUGAUCUACUGUCUGAGGUUCACUUCUUGGAGCAGAGUGUGGAGAAGCUUAAAGAGGAGGUCGAGAACCAGAAAAAAGCAAACGCUGAGGAUCCUUUGAAUACUUUGCCUAGCGAUGCUUCUCAAAUCCUCCCUUUGCUACAGAAUCUCCUACACGACAAUGAAAUCCAGAGGGCAAGAUUAAUCGGAUUAAUUCAACUGUAUGAUCCAGCUGCUGCUGCAGACAGAAAUGCAAUCGAUGGCGAGCAGAUAGCAACGGAGACUGAUCUAUUGUCUGAGGUUCACUUUUUGGGGCAGAGUGUGGAGAAGCUUAAAGAGGAGGUCGAGAACCAGAAACAAGCAAACGCUGAGCUAGAAGAAGAGAUAAGCCGCUUGACGAAGAGCAGUGAUCCAUAAAAGCACGAUUGACUUUGAGCUCCAUCUUGAAGGAGACACACUCUGUUUGCUUUCUUUUUUUUCAUCUAAAAAACAUUCUUUACUGAUAAGCGGCUUUGCUUGAUUCAUUCUUUUACUGCACAGUUAAAAAACCAAAAGAGGGUUCUUCAGGCUUCCUAAAAGAUCCCUUCUUGUUUGUACAAACAAUUUGCAUAACUAUUUUCUUUACACGUUUUUGUUUUUAAUUUUGUAAUUCAUUGGA